AUGGACGUGUGCAUCAUAGGACUGGGCGGUCUAGGGUCUGCGAUUGUAAAAGCCUUGGCAGGGAUCCCUCGCGGAAAAGUCAGCAGAAUAUGCCUUAUAGAUAUGGAGACUGUGGAGGCGUGCAACCUGCCCACGCAGCUGUACAGAGAGGCUGAUGUGGGAAAGCACAAGACAGAAGCAGCGCAGGAUCUUCUCGCGCGAGAGGGGUACACUGGCCGCGUGGAGAGGCACAGCAUAAACAUCGACCGCCCGGAGCAGAUACCGGAGAGCAUUUUAGCGUGCAACGUAUACAUAUCUGCGCUGGACUCGUACGAGAGCAGAGUAAACUUCUACUACUACGUUGUUAUGGAGUCGCGCUGCACGGGGGCACUGUACAUAGACAGCGGAACCGAGAGGUUUUUGGGGCAUGUUUUCUUUGUGCGUGGGAAGAGCCCGUGCAUAUUCUGCAUACGUUGGCUCUUUCCCGCGCAGAAGAAGGCAGUUCCUCUGUGCAGCAUCCGGGAAAGCCCCCCUGAGAGCGCCUCGGGGGAGAAAGUCUCUUCCGCGGUGAUGAGCAUUCUCUACAGAGAGCACGCGAAGGGAGAGGAGGGCGCACGGGCGAGGGCUGCCUGCGAGUACAACCGGAUGUACGCUCCGGCAGUGCACCUGACAGAAAACGACGUUUCUCGCAUCGAAGAAGAAUCAGCACAGCCAAACACACCUGCAAUAUCUUUUAUUAUGGCAAGCACAGUUGCGCUUGUUCUCCAGAAAGUGCCGUCUGGAAAUUUUAUUCUCUACUCUGGGGAUGUGCGCCCGCACUUUCAAAAGCACUUUCUUGAAAGAGACCCAAAGUGUUUUCUGUGCUCAGAGCAAAAAUAG